AUGUUAUUUUUUGGAAGAGUUAUUUCUCAAGAAAAACAAGUUCGACUGACUGAAGUUAAUUUUGAAGUAGAGACUGUUGGUAACAAUGCUAAAGUUAAAUCCAUUCACUCAAUACUGAAUGAUUCUAAUGAUGAUUGUAAUGUUAGUAUCACUAUGACAUUGGAUGAUGAAUCAGCUGUUACUGGAUAUUCAUUCAAAACAGCUAAUGGAGAUUUUGAGUCAGAACUAAAAGAAAAAGAACAAGCUAAAAUUGAACAAAGUGAUGCAACAACAAAUGGAUAUAGUUCAGCUGUAAUGGAACAAGUUGAUGAUACAACAUUCAGUAUUACACUUGGACUAAUCAAUAAACAUAGUGAAGUAACAUUUAGUAUUGAAUAUCUUACACAUAUGGAGAUUCAAGAUGACGAGUUAGUAAUGAAGAUUCCUAACUUGAUUGAGUCAGAUGAAAAACAACAAAUCCCAUAUUCAAUCAAAGUUACAGGAAGUUCCACAUUCAGUUUUAAAGGUGUAUUAAGUGGAGAAGAGGAAGUUAAUAUUCCAUUAAAUGGGGAUUUAAUACUUGGAAUGAAAGACGAAGAUACAGAUGAAGUUGUCAUUUCAUCCACAUUCAUCAAUAAAGAAAAAGAAGGAAAUAUUAAUAUUGUCUUCAUUUGUGAUAGAAGUGGAAGUAUGUAUGGAGAAGGAAUCAAAGCAUUAAGAAAUAUGUUACAAUUAUUCUUAAGACAAUUACCACUAAACUCCAAAUUUCAGAUUAUUUCAUUUGGAAGUACAUAUGACUUUAUGUUUAAAGAAAUGACAGAAUAUAAUGAAGAUACAUUAAAAUUUGCAUCAGAAACUGUUUCACAUUUUGAAGCAAAUUAUGGAGGAACAAAUAUGCAUGCACCAUUGAAAGCAUUGAUUGAUAAUAAUACGGAGAAGUGUCAUAUAAUUUUAUUAACUGAUGGAUAUGUCGAUAAUAAGACAAGUACAAUUGAAUACAUUAGAACUCUUUCAAAAAAGAAUUCAUUACAUGGAGUUGGAUUAGGAAGCAGUUGUGAUGUAGAAUUAAUUAGAAAUAUAGGUCGAAUUGGUAAUGGAAUUUCAGCCAUUUCUAAAAAUCCAAAUGUAUUGAAGAAAGAAGUUUCAAAAAUCACUGAGCGUAUUCUCAUUCCAUCUAUUAAUGAAUGUACAGUUGAAUGGAAUAUUAAAGGAGAGAUAACACCAAAAGAAAUUAGUAAUUUCUAUGGAAUGACAACAUGUUAUAUUCAAUGCAACGAAGAAAUUAAAGAAGGACAAAAUAUCGAAAGUGAAAUAAAAGGAAGAUGUGGAGAAAAAGAAGUCACAUACAAGAAUACAAAAAGCAUUAACAUAACAAAAGGAAUUAUUGUUCAUCAAUUAAUGGCACUUAAUCAAAUCAGAAAAUUAGAAAGUGAAAACAAAAAAGAAGAAGCAAAAAAAUUAUCAAUGAAAUAUCAUGUUCUUUGUAAAGAAACAGCAUUUAUUGCUGUUGACAAAACAACCAAAAAAGAAGUUGACUUUAUCAAGAAUAUUAAAUUAUCAGAAAUAAGCCAUACCUCCAAUGUCUUUUACAACUCUUUAACUCCACUAUAUAAAAUAGCAGCGGCAGUAACAGGAUCUAUUGCAGCUGUUAUUGGUGUUGGUGCUAUUGGUGUUGGUGCUGGUGCUAUUGGUUGUGGUGCUGUUGGUUGUGGUGCUGUUGGUUGUGCAUGUCCACCACCACCUCCUGGUAAUUCUUCAAUAGUUAUGGGUCAAGAGGAAAAUUUACAACAACAAGAAAGUGCAAAGGAAUCAUUAUUUGAAAAGAUUGUCAAAUGUCAAAAAGCAACAGGAGAAUUUGUAGGAGUUGAUACAUUCAUUAAAGAAAUAGGUAAAUUUAAAAACAUUCAAUUUGACCAAACCAUUGUUCAAACAUUCUUUGUGGUUCAAUUGCUGCACGAGAAAUUUAUAGAAAAUAAAAUUGAAUGGAAAUUACUUGUGAAGAAAGCGGAGAAAUGGUUAGCAACGAAAUUGCCACUUCCUGAAGAAAUAAAAGCACAAAUUAUUUCAUUAGCAAAAUCAAUUAUUUUAAAAUAAAGAAUAAUUUCAAAAGAAAUAAAGUAAUGAAAAAGAAUAAAAAGCAGUGAAUUAAAAUUAAUUCUUUACUCUUGGUUCUGUCUUUAAAGAUUUCUCAUAUUUUAAUUUCUCAUCUGUGAGAAUUCCAUCAUCAAAAUAAUAAUUUUUAAUGAAACAAAUAAUCUGUGGAAUAGCAACAAUAUCAUAUUUUGUAUCUUUAAAACGUAUUACAUUAUUAAUACACUCAAAUAAUCUUAAUUUCUUAUCCACAUUAAUUUUAUCACCAGCCAUAUCAAGAUUUCCAUCAUCCAAAAAAGUGUAAUCUGUAAGAUAUGUUCCAAUAAAUGGAAGACAUGGUGUUGUAAAAAUGUCUUUAACUUCAUUUCUAAAUCCUCCAAAAUUUCUUUGGAAUAACCCACUUAAUCGAUCAAACUCUGCUUUAUUUGGGUCUUGAUUCACAACUUCCCAUGUUCUUUUCAUUCUGAAAAUAGCAGCAUCUCCUAAUGAUCCUGUUAAUGAAUAUAAUAAAUCAUAAUUUUUAAUUGCAUGUGCUUUAAUACCUAAUGAUAGAAUCUUUUUUACUAAUGUAAUUCUUUCUUCAAGACUUUCUGUAUUUAAUAUCAUAUUAACAAAGAAACUAGAAAUGAAAUUGAACAUUUGUGUUGAUGCUAUAAUAUUUGGUGCUUUAUGUCUUAAUUUAGCUUUAGCCCAUGCCUGUCCAAAGAAUUCACUUGGUUCUAAUUUAUAAAAGAUUGAUGCUUCCAUAUAUGUAAAUUGUGAUACAAUUACAUCAUCAUCUAUAUCAAUAAAUUUAACUUUUGGAAUUAAUUUAUCAAAUAAAUUCUUCAUUUUGUCUGGUUGUGGUAAUUGUUCUUUAGUAUCAGUACUUUCAUCUAAUCUUAAUGGUGAAAUUAUACAACUUUGUUUAAUUAAUGGAUU